AUGAGACAUUCACCACGCACAUCGACAUUUAUAUGGAUUAUAUUUCUAAAUAAUCUGCAAUGGAAUAUUGCUGCUAAAGUCAAGACAAAAGUGGUGCUCUUUCACAAUGCCACCACCUUCCACAAUCCCGACUACUUCAACCGCUAUGAUGUCUCAUUUUCCGAGGAUCAUCAAAGUAUGGAUUGCGAUUCGAUGCUAAUACGAAAUAUAACCGAACCACUUUGGGAUAAAUUCAGUGUUGAAAUGAAAUUGAAAAAGGACAACAACUAUCGGGUCCUUGUCACCUAUAUAUUUAAUGUUUGUGACAUUUUGGGUAAAUCGUUUAAGGAGUCGACCAACCUUUUCGGCCUCUGGGCCCAAAAUAUGUUGAAAUAUGGUAAUCUACCUAAGUCAUGUCCUAUACUGGCG